AUGAAGUCUACCGUUUUCAAUCGCACUUUGCUUGCAUUGGGACUUUCCCGUGCCAAUGUUACUGAGAGCGAGGCUCAGCUGCUGUGCGGCAAUCUCGGCGUCAUGAAAGUUCCCGACGGCGUCGACCCCAAGUCGGUCCGCACGUGCAAGGAGCACCCGUCCAUCCGCGACAUACAAGACGUGAUGAAGCUGGAAAAGCGCAAGUGCUGGUACGGCCGGGACGCUGCCUGCUCCAAAAAGGGCUGGUGCUUCAGAACCUGCGACAAUGGCGGCACGGGCGCCUGGUGCUGGACGACUGUCGGCGGUCCCCUCAGCGACUGA